AGUCAGAUAUCUAAUAGAAAAAGCAAUGCUGGGCAUUUUGCUGUUUAUUGGAUUUCUGUCGGUUGGAGAAAGUAAUGGACAGUAUACUGGGCAGGCAUAUGACCCACAAAGCUACUACAGAAAGGUGGCGAACAACUAUAAUACAGGAUUUACAGGAUGGAACAGCCCACAGAUUUAUACGCAACGCAACGGCAUCCCCAGUGAUCAAUGGCAACAAACAGCUAGGUCGGCUUACUAUAACCCAUACUAUCUUCAACAAUUGUACGGCAAUUCGUACUCGCAACAAGCACAAUCCGGAUGGACUCCGUAUUUGUCCGGAUCGCAAGGAUACUACAACAGUAAAGAUCGCAGCGACGGCUAUGGCUAUGAAUAUCCACGUCAAAGACAAAGCUAUGACUUGCCGUAUUACCAGUCGCAGAACUACGUAGGAAACCCCUUGUACGAUGGAGCAGGAUACGGUCCACGAUGGUUUAAUGAUAUUGGCGGGUUCGGUGGUAGAAGGCAGGACACACGCUGGUAUGGAGGGGCUUCCCGGCGGAAUGGAUUAGCUAGAACCACGCCAAAGCCACCCAAGACCACCACAACGACGACUGAGGCACCAACGAGGAAAAAUGUGCCCAGAAAGAGCAAGUUGUUCGUACCCAAUGUGUGGGGAUAAUAACUGGUUUCAAUGCUGGCACUAUGGAUAGAUUCGGAUAAAUAAAACUUUUAAACUUAUAA